UUUCUGGACCACCGCUUCUUACUAUGAGCUUCAACGACGAAUACUCUUCGGAUGAUGAUGAGUCGAUCAUCGACCGCAAGCUGACCAACGUUCACUUGGGGUUUUUGGACAUUGAAAUUCCCGAUUCAAAAGAUGGUGUAAGUGAGGAAAAUUCUCCUACUAUAGAGGACACCAUCUUGGGAGGACAACCGGUAUGGCUCCAUCCAGACUCAUUACCAGCUCCUAAGUUGGUCACAUGUGAUUCCUGUGGACAGAAAAUGGCCUUAUACUUACAGGCGUUUGCUCCGUUUAAAGAACGUUUGUACGACAGAGUCCUAUACAUUUUGGGGUGCACGAACACCCAACAAUGCUCUAAGAAAAAGGGAACUGUCAAAGCCAUCAGGGGGAUCAUCAAGGAUCCAGUGAAGAUGGCGGAUCUUAAAAGAGAACAAGAAAAUGCUCUCCAAAAACAGUUGGAUGAAAAACUACAACUUGAAGCCAAAACCAAGUUGAGAGACGAGUUGACGAAGAAUUUGUUUGGUAACUCCAAGGCCGAAAACCCGUUUGCUGCCACUGGUUCUAAUCCCUUCACUAGUUCGAAUCCAUUUGACAAGAAAGUACCACCCGCUAAAGAAGAAUCAAAGUCUCCCUUAUCUCCUGCUUCAGUUCCAGCUAAACCUACCUAUUCAUCAGUAGCAGGUAAAAAUGUAGUUGCCCAAGCUAAAACAGCAUCUCCAAAGUACACCCUUCCUGAGUAUCCUGGAUACUUUGUUUAUGUGGAAAAGGAGCACUUGAAGAAGAUCACGUUGGAACCUGAAUUGGAAAAGUACAAGCAUUUAAUCGACUCCAACUCAAUUGAGGAAGAAGAGCCUUCUGGAGGGUCCACUUCCACUUCUGCUGGAGUGUUGAAUGCUCAAGCCUCCAAGAUCUCAAAUAUGUUACAAGAUACUGUGUUUGAAAACUUCACCAACACAGUGCAGCACAAUCCUGGUCAAGUUCUUCGGUAUGAUCUAGGAGGUAAACCCUUGUUGUAUAACGGGAAAGACGAUGUCUGUAAACGGUUUGGCCAAACUCCCUUUAAUAUUCCCAAUCCUGGGUACAAUCCUUCUUCAUCUAGACAAUUUGAAAUCCAGGUGAUGCCCAAGGCUAUUUUGGAUCUUGAAAACGCAGAAACUGCUGAUUUGAACACCUUGUUGAAUGGGAUGUCGUGGGGAACCAUCAUUGUGUGCACUGACGUGGAGGACUACAUGCCUGAAGAGCUGUUUGAUGAGAACCAUGUGGCGUACAUCGAAGAGUACUGUGCUGUUCAAUGGGAAGAGUCUGUAUAGAAGGUUACAGUGAAUGAAUAGUGAACGAUAGG